GUGCUAUUAAAUUUAUUUGAUUGGGUUUCGAAAACUUUUGAAUUUCUUUAAUCGGAUUUUUGUAAGUUCAUUGUAAUACUAUAGGAUGAUAAACCCUAUUCACAAAUUAACGAAAAGACUAGUUUCUAUAAAACGAAAUUACAUGGACUCAAUAUUAAUAAAACAGGGAUGUGAAACUUAAUCUCAAUAUUAUUAUUAAUGCAAAAUACUAAAAAUGUUUAAUUUCUUACCAUUAACUUCAUUGUUUAACGUAGACAUCUCAGUGUUGAUGCGAUGUAACUUUUUCAAAUGAUUCUGUUAAAUUAAUAAUCUCAUAUGGCUGACAAUAUUAAUGAAUUUCAAAAAAUAAUAAUCAUACGUGUUCAAUCCAUGAAAUCGAUCAUUCUCUAACAAUUUUUUCUUUUUGGGUAUAUAUAUAAGAUGCAUGCUAUUCCUUUGUGUAUUUACAGAAACGGAAUUUAGAUCUCAAAAGUAUUGCAUGAAUGCAUUCGCAUUUAAUGAAGUAAUUUCAAUUAGCACAUGAGUGCCAGAAUUUGAUGAAUUGCAUAUAUAUAAUAUACUAUGUAUUCGUUCCUAUUUUUCUUUAAGAACAAAUAAAAAAAGAGAUCUCAGUUUGCUCCAUUUAAUGCUUGGGGACACAGGAUGCUCAUCUCCCCCAUCUUCAUCUUGACGUGAGCCCUUCAUAACCAGUCUUUUCUCUCUCUAUAUAUCUCUCUCCACACACACACACACACACAUGUAUAUAUAUGCGAAUACGAUGCCAGUGUGAUACAGAUUAGAGAUUACUAAAAAUGAAUAGCUUUAAAAGAGAAACUUGGUUGAGAAUUAUGAGUAUGUUUCUCUUGGCACUAACUGCCUGUCUCGUCGGUUUCGACUCCCAAACCAAAGUUAUCUUCUACACAUACAAAAAGACUGCCACAUUCCACGUUUUGGAUGUUUUGUAUGUUUUGGUGUGGAUAGAUGUUGCUGCUGCUGCUUAUAAUCUGCUUCAGCUUAUUACAAGCUAUAAGUUUCAAAGUUACUUCACAAAGGAUCUAACAGCUUCUUACCGAUAUGUGGCGUGGGGGAUUUUCUUGUUAGACCAGGCGGCAGCGUACGCGGUGUUCGGUGUGACGGCGGCGGCGGUCCAGGGGUCGACGCUGGCAAUCACGGGUGAGAAGAGCUUCCAAUGGAUGAAGCUGUGCAACAGGUUCACCAGAUUCUGCAUUCAAAUAGGCGGAGCUUUGAUAUGUGGAUACAUAGCAGCAGUUUUGAUGGUGAUAACUGCUUCCAUCUCUGCAUACUCUCUUUUCCGAAUUUAUUCACCCAAACGCUUCCUUAUGCUCAAGCCCAAAUGAAUCACGCAUGCGUCGCUCUUCACAUAACUUUAAUUAUUUUUUACAUUAUUAAUAUUAUCGGACGACGACGUUUGGUUGAGGUUCAUAAUUUAAUCUUCUGUUGCUUAGGUUGAAAUAUUAAUUUAGGCCAAUUAUUGAAGCUAUGUGUUGUACGUAAUGAGGCGUACGUAGCUAGGAAAUAUAAAUAUUAUUUCCUGCCACGACUAUAACUUACUACAAUACUUCCCAAUAUAAACUUAAAUUUGCGUCU